UUCCCCGUCAGGUUUACAACACUGGCGAUUGAUCUCGCGUACACACAUAUGUGUUUCCCUUAGAAUGCGCGCAUCGCGUAUAGUGUUGUUGUGUCGUCGUCGUCGUCGUCGUGAGGUCUUCGUCGUGCCGCGCGAUCUUGGCCGAAACGUAAACAAGAACAUUUUUUCUCCGUCUCGCGAUAUGAAGUGGCGGCGUGUCUCGGUGGAUGAUCUUUCAGAGCACGAGUCGCCGCGGUUAGCAGCGAGAUUCGUGCGCGCGUGUUAGCGGGGAUAAAACCUAACCGCGGUGGUAAGAUCGCCGUGUCGCAUUCUCGAUCCGGAUCCGGUCGCUGAGUUGGUGUGCGUGCGGGAUACUGUGCGAAGUGCGAACGCGCUAAUGAUUGGUCGGCGCUCCAGGCUCGGGCCCGUUGCGUGCGGUUCGCAUUCCUUCUCUCUCUUUCUCUCUCUUUAUAUAGCCGACCGCUCCUCUUCCCUCCGUCUCUGUUUUUCCCUGUCAUGCGCGAGCGCGCUCGCCACAGUUGCCUAGGAUAUUCCCGAUACCCGAGACGGGUUCGCGUGCGCGAAUCGCCCAACAGUUUUGUGCAUUCGUGCAUUGGCUUCGGUUGGCGAUGAGAGAUCUCGGGCAUCGAAACUACAUCGUAUUGAAACUACAAAAUAUUCUUUAAUACCUCCAAUGGACGCCCUAUGAGAGGGAUGCCUGAUAAAAUGAAUCAAUGUUUAUCCCACGGACAAGACAGUGCGUCGAGGCGUGUUGGAUGCCGAUGUGCGUCGAGUGUGUCUAGUAUGUCAAGAUUGCCGUUUCCGCUCGGCAAUUUCGUGAUGUACAACGACAAUUGUAUUGCAUCUAGGACCGAUAGUGUCGAUUUGUUUGAAAACAAGGAAAUCAUCACGACGACUUCAGAAAACGAAACAAGUAACGCGGCUCGCUUGUCGCAAAACACUUUGCCGUCUCUUAGUGCCUGUCCAGUUGAUCAGUGCUCGUCGAGUGAAGAGAAUGAUCGUCCUACAUGUAAUUGUAAUUGUAUAAUAAAUCACCGAAAUCAAAAUCAUAUACAGAAGAAGAAGAGUGCGAGAAGAUACCUUUACUUGUGUAUAUCUUCGACAAUGAAUUACUGUUUCAAUAAAGUAUUUCGAUUAUCGAUUGCACGAAAACAAGACUGUUCAUGGGGAAUUAGAUGGAUAUGGAUAUAUAUUAUAUUGAGUUGUCUGUUUCUGAUGGUAAAUACAGCCAACGAAUGCGCCGUUGGAAUCGAAACACCAGGAUGGACAGUACCGCGAGGUGACAUCAUUAUCAAAUAUGGUAAUCCAUUGCGAAUUAUGUGUGUAUUAAAUGAAACAUACGUAAAUAAACAUUUUCCGGGUAAAAACUCUUCGAACCUCAUCUUCUUUCGCAAUGAUAAAAAAAUGGAACCAGAAUAUAUUACUGUAAUCAAUAGAACAACAAUAAUGUUGUAUAAUGAACUACCACCACCUGGUGAUAAUAUGUAUUAUUGCCAAUUGAAUCUAUCCAACAAGGACGUAGGUGUUUGUCUCAAUAAAGUUGUAAUUGGAUAUGAACCUAAAGUGCCAAGCAACUUUACUUGUACAUCCUAUAAUUGGGAGAAUAUUACAUGCACAUGGGAAACAGAGAAAAACUAUGUCCAGACAAGUCAUGAUUUAAUGUUUAAAUUCAAUGGAGGUAGGAGAGGAGUGCGAAGAUAUUAUCCUUGUCCAGCAGAAAAUACGAAGAAAAAUUCAUGCUCUUGGACUCAAUAUAGCAGUCCAAUGUACAGGCAAACGUACGAAAAUUUUACGUUUAUAAUGUUUGUUCAUAAUCAAUUUGGCAAUAUAAGCGACGUACAUAGAAUCGAUCAUUUUGCUCAAGUUAUUCCGGCGAAACCAGUGAACCUUUCGGUGAUAAAUAAAACGUCGAAUAGUGCAACAUUGUAUUGGGAACUUCCUUUCCCGUUGCAAAGUUUUCCACCUGGUAUAAAUCAUAAAAUUAUGUAUCAGAAUCAGUGGGAUUAUAAGAAAGAUUGGGAGGUUAUCAUUAUUGAUACGGAUCCUCGUUUGAGUAAAAGAUCUUUCAAUCUUACCGGAUUGAAAUAUGCUAAUACCGUGUACGAUGUUCGCGUUUAUUUAAAAAGCGCCAAGGCCAUAGGAGAGAAUAUGUAUAGUGAGCCCAGUGUUAUUACAUUCAGGACAUUACCAAUAUUACCUAGCUUUCCUCCGCGAACCGAUAUUGGUAGCUUCGAAAUUGUUGAGAACAAUGGGAACAGGGACAUAUAUUUGUAUUGGCAAAUGAUACCGCAAUACUUAGAAAAUGGUGAUAAUUUUAAAUAUCAGAUCAAUUAUGUGGAAGAGAAUGGUCAUAAAAUAACUAUCGAACCGAUUGAGACGACCAAGGCAUAUGCCAAGUUUAAAGGGCUUAGCUUCAAUAACUACCGAUUUAAGAUUACCUCGAUGAAUACGGUUGGCAUUAAUAAGAAUUAUACGGAAAUAGUAAUACCUAGUCGAGAUGAGAUGCCUCAUGAACCGAUAGCGUUCACGAAAAUGGCUUUCGAAGGAGGACUAUACGAAUUGUCUUGGAAGCCGCCAAUCGUGCAUAAAAAUAUCGUAAAUUAUACCAUCUUUUGGUGUGAUAACGAACGCGAUCGUCCUUAUCAGUGUACAGGUUACUUGAACUGGACGCAUGUAUCUAGCAAUACUACAGUUUACAAUAUAACCGUAGAUCCGGACAAAGUAUACCAAUUCGCGAUUUCCGCUAACACGAAUAAGGGCAGCAGUGGCAUGAUAUGGUCGUCUUGCACGGUGAUUCAUACAAAGGUCCUUGGCAAAAUGAAAUCCGUAUGGAUUAAUCGUAUCGGAUCGGAUUUCAUCGAAGUCGGAUGGAAGCUUGACUGUUCAGAUCGCAUUGGGAUCGUCGAAGGAUUCAAGAUUUAUUACUGUCCCAUCGUGUCACCAUUAGAUACCAAGUGCAAGGGACCCAAGCUCAACGUCACCAUCAAAUCCUAUCCACCCAUGAUAAGCGGUAUUGUCAAAAACUUGACGCCCUACACUACGUAUAUGCUGGAAGUCACAACAGUGACCAAGAAUGGCGAGAGUCAGCCGAGUGAGCCCUUAUAUAACACUACUCUUGAGGCGGCACCUAGUUCUUCGCCUUUGAACGUAAAAGCCAUGAAUGUCACCAACACGACGAUGUUUAUUACAUGGCAGUCACCGGAAGCGAUGAACGGCGUGCUCAGAUAUUACGAAGUUUACUAUAAUGGUCUCAUGAAAAAAGUGGAAGAAGGGAAGAGUAUUACUAAAUUGACGAGCUUGUUGGCAUACACUGACUAUAACAUUAGCGUUACCGCCUGUACUGUGGCGUGUAGCAAGAAAUCAUCGAUGAUAACACAGCGUACGAAGAUUGGUAUUCCCGAUAAGAUUGGCAUACCAAAAGUGCGCUUCAUGAACUCCAGCCAAGUGAUUGUCACAUGGAGUCCACUACAACAUCCUGCUGGUCCGAUAGCUUAUUACGAGAUAGAGAAUACUUCUGGCGAAAUAUAUAAUGUUACUAAAAUGGAAGCACAAUUAUCCAUCCCUGAUUGCAAGACGAGUCAAGAGGGACUGAACAAGUUUCGAGUUAGAGCCGUUAACAUUGGUCCCAAUAAUGAACAUUUGAUAGGACCUUGGUCUGAAACAGGAGAGGGAAAUUGUUACAAUAAUGGACUAACACAAGCAGCAACAAUAACUAUAUGGGUUGUUGGAGUUGUCGGCGCAGUAGCGCUCAGUUUGUGCUGCAUAUGUGCGACGAAGAGAAUGUGGUUGAAAUAUCAAGAUAUGCAAGAUAUCGAAGUAAAAUUACCGCCUGGUCUCACUCCAAACAUGAAGCUGCUUCGCAAAGACGCACCACAUACACGACAGCCAUCUGCUGAUUCGAGCGGCUGUUCGAGCGGCCAGGAAUCUGUCACCUCAUCGCUCACAACGACCGAAUUUCAAAUUUCCAGCGAUAGCGGUACUGAGGUAGAUCCAGUGCCAGUGUCACCCGAUAAGCUGCUUGAUACUCUGUCAACCUGGGAGUCGAAUUCUGCCAGUCUGCGACAAAGGACUGUUUCACGAGGAUCGGAGACUACGUCUCGCAGUAGGGAAUCGUAUGUUCCAGUUAAACUCGGCGACUCAAAUCUCAAUGAGAUUAUAUCUUUAGCGCGAUCCGUUCCAAAUUUGGCAGACAGUACAGGCAACACAAUGACGCCACAGACAUGGCCAAGUACCAGUCACAUCAGCAUGCAAUCUUCCGAUUUGUCGGGUAAUCCGAGCCCUACGUUGCGAGAGAAUACUAUUAUCAACUCUAUCGGUGCUUACAGCGUUAUUGGUAUACGUGAUAUGCGAGCGCCCUUACAAACCACAUCUGAAGAAGAUGGCGACGAUGGUAUAGAGAGUACAGAAACCGUACAUGACACCUUGAUAUCGAACAAACAGGAAAUGAAGCAUAAUCUGUGUACACCUUUUAUGAACAAAAAGGAAAUGCCAUCGAAAAUUAACGCUUUUAAUUUGGAUAAGCUGAGCACUUUCAUGGAAUCGAACAAAUCCGAGAAAGCUGCGUUAAUGGCAUAUCUUGCUGAUUUCGACAAGAAAAUGAAGUCCAAAUCGUUUUUUCAGCCUAAUCUGAUAGACAUAGUGCACUCUGAACCGUUCACUCUAUUAGGCUCAAUCGAGCAGCCCGAGAAGAGUAACAUUAGUAGUUCUUUUGCGUCGACAUCUUUCCCGAAUUCUUCCAAUGAGUCGUUUGUAUCGUCAUUCGUGAGUCCGACAUUGCCUGUCUCGUCAACUGACCCUACCUCGACAUUGACCUCGAAGAAUCCACAUGUCAGUGAUGAAAGAUUGGCACUCCCUAAGACAUCGAAAUCUUUGAUGACUCAUUGUAAGGAGCAUAAUGAUGAAACUUUGAAAAUGUCUCUCGCCUCGCCAAGUGAAAGCUUCUCUAAAUCAUCUGUGAGUUCCAUGCAUGAGAUGUUACAGCAACCACAAGAGAAUAUAGAGCUUUCAUCCGUUAAGGAGAUCCAAGAGAUGGAGGUUAACGAAGAUCCCGCGCCGAUUGCAAGGCGAAUUAUACAACCAAUUCUUACAAAGCACAAAGAGAACUCUGACUAUGUUGUCAUCGCUGACCCCAAUAUAAAAAACACAACUAAUCAGUCCGAUGAGCAGUAUAGCAAAGUGACGGUUGUACCAAGUGCGAUGCAGUGAAAUGAAGAAAAGGAUGCACCUUUGUUUCCUUCUUUUUUCUUGUAAAGAUGAUUUUGUCAACUACGUAGGUGAACGAAAUAAGUUACAAUAGUAAGAUAAGAUUUAAUAAGAUAAGAUAUUUGCACAUAAGAUUAUACGACAAAAGGAGACUGCAAUAUUGCAUGCAUGUUAAAAUGCAUGCGAUGAUAGCAAUGACUUCUUUUGCAAUUAUAAAAGAAGUUAAGGAGGAUGUUGGGAAGCGAAUUUAAUGCAAUCCAAAGAAAAUAAUAUUUGGAGGAAAUUAAAUCCUCUGUAGAUUCAUAAUAUCAUUGUUUUGAAAUGAUAUGUUCUUUUCUUGCAUCGAGAUCGAGAUUAAUGAAGAUGAGAUAUUAUCAAAUAAGAGAACGCUGGCUUGAGACAUCAACAAGAUAUUAAAGACCGAUGAUUUUAAACCGAGAAUUGUGACUCAAAAAAAAUUAGCUGCACGCUACAUUAAAAAAAUCUUUGUAUUUUCGGUAAAACAGUAAUUUAAUACAAUGAAAUGUUUAUUUAAAUGUUUAUUUUUGUCGUUCUUGAAGCAGUUACAUAAAAGAUUAAUACAUUUUUGAUAAUAAAAUAAUAACUGAAUGAACUAAAAUAAUUGAAUGAAUUUAAAUAACUCGUACAAUUAUCUUUAAUGCAGUCGAAAAGGCCGGUAAUGUCAUAAAAAAAAAAUAAACAAUAAACAAUAUUCUCCAGGCCUACUGGACCCACUUUGUAGUCACGAAAAUUUAUCUAAAGUCAACGGUCUUUAAUAGUAUCUCAUGGAUGCUUGAGUACAAUUAGGAAAUUCAUUUCUCGCUAAAAAAGUUCCAAUAAACUUAAAUGUUUGAAGAAAUUCUUCCUUAAAGUUAUUAUCUAAGACAAUUAUGUACAAAAAUAUAACAAAAUAUGCAAGAAAUAUAUGAUCUGUAUUUUAAAAGUAAUUUCAAGAUAAAAUUAUCUAGCAAAGUAUUUUUCUAUACAUAUAUUGGAAUCUAUUUCUAAGAAUUAGAUUUCUUAUUCCCCUUAUCCCAAGUUAGUGCUUCUCUAUUGAGAUAGUGCUCCUCUUUGAUUACAUCUUGUGUAUACAAAUAUUUAAGACUUUAACCCAGCAAAAAUUAUUUACAUACAAAUAAUUAAGGGUUAACGUUGUUUUUAUCGAUGAUUAAACUCAAACUUUAUUGCGUCCAUCAUCGCCACUAUGAAAACAACAAAUGUAAAAAAAUAUUCUUCCGAACGAUCUCUCGAUGCUGCUGUUAAUGAAACAUCUACAAUGCAUCAUCACUUGCAGAUAUUUUCAUUUAUUUUGUGUUAUAGAAUUAUGAUUGCUCAAAAAAGAAGCAAAAGUGAUACGUUUGAAAUUAAUACGCGCAACUACAACGACAAAAGUAACAUCAAAUUUUUUUUUAUAUAAAUUUUCCAUUUUUUUUAAUUCAGACGCACACAUCGCGAAAGACUUCGAUGAAGUUUUUUUUUCAUCUACAAGUGUUGAGUGUGUUCAAAAACGGAUUCAAUUCCCUCGCUCGUAUAUAUGAUUUAUUUGUUGUUGCCUUCGAUUCUCAUUAUCAUAAAUAUCAAUCACAAGUAAAAUUGUAUACAAUAGGAUAAGAAACUUUUAUAAUAGCAAUAUAUUAUAAUAUGUACAGUAUAAAAGCAAGGACAGGAUCAGGGAUGAUAAAAUAAGAAUGAUAAGAAGCGCAUACCAGUGUUGCAUUUCAUGGGCGUCACAAAGUAAGCUGCAAGGCAGCUGUAAAUUAUUCUAAACCCCCGUUAGAACAUAAAAUAUAUUAAUAUACACUCAUACUACUAGUGAUUUCCUAAUAUAUUAUUAAUUUUAUAAAACGUUUUUAUUGUUCCCAAUUUAGAAUGAGACAAAAUGGGGGAUAAGUGCUUUUAAAAUUUGUUUUAAUAUCAUGUGCUCGAAAGACGAAAAGAUAUUUGAUCUCUUUAAAAAAAAGUUAACAAGGACGUCCAUGCUUUGCAAUGAUCCCGAAUAACGCGCUUAAUUGUGUGUGAGACAUCAAACAAAGUACCUAUAUAACUCGUGUAUAUUCGGGCAUAUAAGUUAAUUGUGUGAAUGAUGCACAAACGGCAAUUGGUCUCACUCUCAUAUUAUAUCGGGACUGGAGGAAUAUAUUCGUGUAUAGUGUACACACGUAUACACGUACUUUAAGCUAGUCAGUGAAACGAGUUUGUUUCGCUCGCAAACCUUUCAAUCUCCUUUGAAACCUUUUUUUACAAUCCGCAAUUUUUCAGCGUUCAUUUCACAGAUUUUGAGAUUUACAGAAUUUUUAUCAGAUAAUAUACGCGAAGAAACAAACUUGUCAAUUAAUUAUUUUUUUUUGUUUUGUUCUUGAGUUUUUUUGUUUUUGUUUUUUUUUUCUCCGUUAAUUUCACAUCGCUGAAUGAAAAGAAGUAAUGAAUAAUCUUUUAAUCAAGAUUUAUUUUGAUCCAGCAUGUACGAAUAGUAUCUUUUUAUAACAGCAUCAUGCUGAGAUCUUUGCUGAGCGUAAAAGAAUUUAUCAGAAAAAAAGCUUUGCCGAAAAAUUGUCGGAUAUUUGUCUAUCGUUGUUAUAGAAUGAGAUUUUGUAAGCGGUAAUAUUUCAAUUUUUAACAAUGACAAAUUUUAAUAAAAGAAAAAAGAGAUAAUGUAAAUCUAAUGAGAUAGAGGUAACAUACAUAUAUAGUUUAAUUAAGAGAUAGCAACCACCGAAGUUACGUCCGUAAAAAAUUUGCUAUAAGAAUUAUAAUAUUCUAAAUUAUGCAAAAUGGAAAGGCCUGGAUCAUUUUGAAGGUGUUACUUUGAUUUACUAUGGUUAUUUUGCAAGUUCAAACAAUUUCUGCCGUUUGGUCAGAUUUUGUUGCAAUUUUGAGAUGAAGAGAAAUGAAAUUAUCUUGUUUGUUCUUGCGAAAUGAUACUUACGAAAUUUCGCGAUUGUAUAUUAGCGAAGUUUCCCAAUUAAAAAUGAGCUUAUUCUUACAUUAUUAUUAUUACUAUAUAAGAGACAUGCCACUUAAAUAUUUAAUGCAUUAUGUAAAAUGGCUACUUAGUCUAUAACGAUAUUAAGUUUGUAUAAACAUAAUGAAGAAUUGUAAAUUGGAGUUGAUAGAAAUGGCUUGUUGCAAUGUUACACAUGACGCAUAGAUCCGUUUGCUUUUAGUUGUACUUUUUUGCAGCUUAAGAUGAAAUAACUGCAUAUGCAUAGACAUCGCGGAUACGUGUACAUUAAUCGCAAAAAAAAAAUAUUUGAAGAAUUUAAAUAAGCAUAAUUUUUCAGCGAGUUCGAGAUUCUGUGGUACACUUUGUACAUAUCUACGAGUAAGAAUCAUUAUCACGAGAUAAAUAGCUAUAUGCACAUGUAUUAUAAUAAUUUUGUUAUAGAUAAACUAGAUAAAGAAAUCAACGAUAUUGUAUCAAUUUUGAUCAAGAAAAAGACACAAGUUGUAAAAAGUGCAACUAAAACGAGAUAUAAUAUUGUAUUCGAAAUUCAUAUUUUACGCGAAAUCCGUAUACAUAAUACACGUAAGAAUUUUAAUGCAUUAUGUAUAUCUUGUACACUGUUUAAGAUUGUCAAAUGAGGAAAUUCUUAAUAUACUUAAAAUAUUUAACAAAACGAUAGCGCAGUACAAUUGACGGUACAGUAAUAUGAGAUGUCUCUCAAAAGUAAUGAAAAUUCUUAUGUCCGAGAUGCAGAUAAAGGAGCCGUGUUGAAGGGCGUACAAAUACAGGCAAACCUAUUUCAAUCAGUUCUGUGCCCUCAUAGUCCUCAUCAUCAACAUCAUUUGUUGUACAAAAUUAUUUAAUUUUUAGAAAUUUAAACAUUGAAUUUCUUAAAAACUUUAAUUAUUGAAUAUUAUUAAUAUCAUUAUUAAUAAAAAUUUUUAAUAAUUAAAUAUUAAUAAUAAUUAUUAAAUAUUAUUAAUAUCAUAUAUUACAAAUUUUUAUUAAUUAUUAUAUCAAAAUUGUUUAUUUUUAUAACUUUUUAUAGUUAAUAAAAAUCUGCAUUUUGUUUGUGACGAGGUACUAGAUCACAACUUUAUACAAUAAAUGUGAUCUCGAUGCUAUGAUAGCACAGAACUGACUGAAUUAAGUUUACCUUUAUAUCUGUAAUCCCUCCAAUAUUAAUGGCUCCUCUACUUCUAAGCUGCCAUUUUGAACAUAAGAAUUUCAUUCUCAUUAUUUUUGUAAAACAUCUCAUAUACUGCUUGAUCGAUGGAACACUUGAACGAAAACAUAUUGUCGAUUAAAUCUUGCUCAUGCGUCGAAAUAAUGAAUUUUGUGCUAUAAAGAUAAAAAUUUCAUAAAUUGAUGUAGCAAAAUAUAUUUCCUCAUAAUUUUUUAAGAAUAUUGUCUAAUAUAUAUAUAUAUAUAUAUAUAUAUAUAUAUAUAUAUAUAUAUAUAUACAUAUACAUACAUACAUACAUACACAUAUAUGUGAUUAUCUAUUUUUGUUACAUAUUUGUAAAUGAAAAAGAUAUACUACAUUGUAUACCGUGAUUGUAACGUAUGAAACGAGAUUUUAGGAAGAGAUAUAGAUUUAAGUACAUUGCAUAAAGAUUCUAUCGGCCAUUUAUAUAAAUUAGAAUUAUUAUUAUGUAUUGUUGAUUAGUAUAUCCCCAUCAAUUUACCAGAUUUACCUGAUAGAAUCUAAUUGCAUGCAGAGACUAUUUCAUGUUUUUUUUUUUUUUUUUUUUAAAUAUAAUCAAACGAUCCUUAUGUUGAUUAUUUAAUGUAUAUUCUAUUACAUUUACGUUACAAUUUAUUAGUUAGUAAAUAACAGAGAUGAGGGAGGUUGCCACAAAUUAAAUUGAAUGAGCGAUAUAAUCAUGACGAAAUUAAAUGAUAAAAUUACAUGUGUAGCAAAAGCAUAUUUGUUAAGAUGAUAAUUUGCUCUUUUCUGUUUUUGAUUCUUUUGAAUGUAACAAUCAUUAUUUUUAUUCAUAUGUAAUCUUUAUUCAUGUAACGCGCAUAAAUGGUGGUUAAAUUUUAUAAUUUUAUAAUUAACGAGCACGCAAUUAACUAUAAUCUUAGUUAGUGAUGAUUUAUGACAAGAACUUUUAUCAAUUUUUGUACAUAUUACUGACCGCAAUUUUACGUGUAAUAUAAUUCUAUGCCUACUUACACACACGUAAAUAAAUGGCAAAUACAAAUACAUUGCUUAUAAAGUGCGAGAUGCAUAUCUGCAGUAAGGUGUAUAUACAAAGAGAGACUAAAAAAUAGCCGAAAUAAAAUAUGAAUUUCUUAAAAUAGCCGAAUAUCUCGAAAAUUAAACACUUGUGAAAACAAUGUUUCAAAUAAAUGAUAUAGCGUUUAAAUUGAUCGAAUAGUGUUUAUUUUAAUUUUAGAUUAGAAAAAAUUAUUUAUAAAGAUCACCUCAAAUUUUUUAGAUAAAAACUCAUUUUUUAUAUAUUAUAUUCUUGUAGCUGAUAUCAGAUCUUUUCAAAAUGAUAUGAUCAAAUUUUAUUUUGCGAAGAACUUCCUAAAUUAUGAGCCACGGAAAUGAUGGUAUAAUACUAGUUUAUUGUUAGCGUGACUGAUAUACUUGUGGAGAGAAUUCGGAGUCAUUAAAUAGUAGGGAUGACAAAGAUCCUGAUCUCUACACGACACAUACACACUACUACACGUCACAGACACACAUACAUACAAGACAUACAAGAGGAAAUGUAAAUCAUGCUAAUAUCAGUGGUAGCAUAAGUUUUUUUACUAAAGAUGAUUUAAUAAGAAUAUAAUAUAGAUAUAAUAAAUGGCGGCUUCUAUUUAAAAAAAUUCGAAGUGACUUUUAAGUGAUCUUUACAAAGUGAUCCAAAAGCAAAAUAAAUAUCAUCAUUCGAUCACUUUUAUAAAUUUUAUUUGAAACAUUUAACUUUUAUUUGAAUCAUUGUUCUCGCAAAUGUGCUUUAUUUUCGAAUUAUUCGGCCGUCUUUAAAUUUCGCAUGCACUAUGUACGUACACAGGCGAUAAUUUAUUGAUUCUUUCUUCUCUUUUAAAUUUAAUGAUAUGAUCCACCUUUAUUCAUGUAAUGCGGAUAAACAAGAGAUAAAUUUUCAACUUGUAAUCAUAUACUGACUACAACGAUUAAUGAUUUAUGACGAAAUUCGUAAUCAAUUUAUGUACAUAUUAUAGAUUGCGAUUUUACGUGUAAUAUAAUUCUGUACACACCUACAUACAUGCAAAUACACUGUCAAUUACAAAUACAUUGCUUAUAUAGCAUGCGAUGCGAACAUAUAUAUAUAUAUAUAUAUAUAUAUAUAUAUAUAUAUAUAUAUAUAUAUGAUCUUUUUAUAUCCGAGCUCUUCUUUAGUUUUAGUGUUCAAUUUUAGGAUAAAAUAAUUUGUCGAAUUAAUUUGUAGAACUAAUUUACCGAAUCGUUGAUACAAUUUAUUCGUACCAUUGUUGAUGUUAAUUCAUGAAUUAUCCUAAGAUUCUGUGCAAUCCGCUAUUUUAUUAAUACACAUAUCAGAUACACUACUUUGUACAAUCAAUGACGUUGUUAAUUAUAAUAUCGGCGCUAAAUCGUUACUUAUCCCAGGAUAGAUUUUGUACAGAAUAUUGUAAAAUAUUUUUGCCGCUUUUUCUCUCUUUUUUAUAUUUUAUUAUUUAUAUAGCAUACACAAUUUUUUUUUCUCGCUUCUCUACCGUAAUUGUAUAAAUCGCCGUAUUAUUAAUUAAUACUGUUAUAUUUGCCAUUGUAUAAUGCCAUGCCGUCGAGCCUUGCCAUUCGUUAUUCGUUCUCAGAGACGAGCCCAAAGCUAUCAUUUUUAUUUUUUUUUUUUCAAUACUCACACAUGGAUCGCGCUGAACACGCAGGACAAGUUUUCUGUAAUUAACAAUGAACAUUGUCGAUGCGUUAGAGGGAAGAGCUAUUAGUUUAUAAUCAUUAAGCUGAAAUAUAUAACAUUUAUAUCGAAAUAUA